AUUUUUAGGUUAAUAUAAACUCCAAAGUUUAUUUUCAAACUUGAUCAUCCUGUUAAAUGGAAAUAGCAAUUUGCUCAAAAACAAUCAUUAAUUGAAUAAAUAUUAAUUGAAGUUAGUUGUUGAAUGAGUCAUUCGAAUAUAAAUAUAUUCCAAUUGAAACUUAUCUAAGAAAAUAUAUUUCUUUUUUAAUAGCGAAAAUGAAUUUGAGCGAAGGCGAAAAAACAUUCAUACUCCACGGGGUUGAGAUGAAUUUUCGAGUAGAUGGUAGAGAAAGAGAGGAUUAUAGACCUAUGGAGUUGGAAUUAGAUGUUGUGUCGCAUGCAUUUGGUUCUGCUAGAUUACGUUUAGCUAACACAGAUGUGUUGGUAGCUGUUAAAAUAGAGGUUGAUACUCCUUUUCCAGAAAGGCCAUUAGAGGGUAAAAUAGAAUUUUUUGUAGAUUGUUCUGCCAAUGCUACUCCAAACUUUGAAGGUAGAGGAGGUGAAGAAUUAGCCAUAGAAUUAUCAAAUUGCCUCUCUUCAGCUUACAGCUCAAAUGAAGUUCUUGAUUUAACUAAACUCUGUAUUCUGAAAGGGAGGAAAUGUUGGAAGCUAUAUGUUGAUAUUCUGUUAUUAGAUGUUGGAGGUAAUUUAUAUGAUGCUGUAUCUAUAGCUGUUAAAUCAGCUUUGUGGAGUACCCAGGUGCCAAAAAUAAAAGCAUUGAAUGUGGAUGGUUCUAAUGUGGAUAUUCAAGUUCUUGAUGAUAUUUACAGUUGCACAAAACUUGAAGCAUCAGGGGCUCCCCUUAUGGUAACUAUUUGUAAAAUAGGUGAAAGAUGUGUAAUAGACCCAGAUGCAGCCGAAGAACAAUGUUCUUCAGGUGCAGUAGUUGUUGCUGUUAGUAGAGGUCACAUAAGCACCGUUUUGCAAACAGGAACAGGAUCAUUUCAUCCAGAUACAUUGAAAGAUAGCUUGAAUCUUGGAGUUAAUAUUGCACAAAAAGUUGAAAAGGUCUUGCUGAAAACCCUUGAAGAAAUCCAGCCAAAUCAGGAUAUAGGAUUCCUGAAGUGAUAUGUUGGCAGUCUGUUGUUAUCAAAAAUAUAUGUAUUUUUUUUCA